AUGCCAAAUGAAAUUCUUAAUAAACUCUGUUCAGGAUUACCAUUGAAUCCUUUACCAUCACCAAAAAAAACUCGAAAUACAAAUGUACCACAUGCACCUGAUAGAAAACCUUCAUUAACCGAUAAAGAACGAAAGUUAGCAAUUAAAAAUGCACUUCGUUAUUUUCCGUCGAAUAUUCAACCUAAAUUAAUUGAUGAAUUUAUGUAUGAAUUAGAUACUUAUGGUCAUAUUUAUAUGUAUCGAUUUCAACCUGAUAUUGAAAUUCAUGCAUAUCCAAUUGAUGAAUAUCCAUGCAAAUGUAAAGCAGCUGCAGGUAUUAUGUUGAUGAUAAUGAAUAAUUUGGAUAGAAGUGUUGCUCAAUUUCCUGAUGAAUUAGUUACCUAUGGUGGAAAUGGUCAAGUAUUUUCUAAUUGGGCUCAAUUUUUGUUGGUUAUGCAUUAUUUAAGUACAAUGACAGAUGAACAAGUUCUUAUUAUGUAUUCAGGUCAUCCAAUGGGUUUAUUUCCAACUAGAGUUGAUUGCUCACCACGUGUCGUUAUUACUAAUGGUUUAAAUGAAUAUGAUCAGAUGUUUGCACUUGGUUGUACGAUGUAUGGCCAGAUGACAGCUGGAUCUUAUUGUUAUAUUGGUCCACAGGGUAUUGUUCAUGGAACAUUUAUUACCAUUAUGAAUGCAGCUCGAAAAAAAUUUGGUAAAGAUGAUCUUCGUGGAAAAGUAUUUGUUUCAUCAGGUUUGGGUGGAAUGUCUGGUGCUCAACCAAAAGCAUGUCAACUUCUUGGUUGUAUUGGUGUUAUUGCUGAAGUAAGUGAAGAAGCUGCAAAAAAACGAUAUGAUCAAGGUUGGUGUGAAGAAUUAAUUUAUAAUCUAAAUCAAUUAAUGACUCGUAUACGAGAAUGCCGAGAAAAAAAAUUAGCAAUAUCAAUUGGUUAUGUUGGGAAUGUUGUUGAUGUUUGGGAACGUUUAGCAAAUGAAAAAGAAACACUCGUAGAUCUUGGUAGUGAUCAAACAUCAUGUCAUAAUCCAUAUCAAGGUGGAUAUUAUCCAGUUCAAUUGUCAUAUGACGAAGCUCGACAAUGCAUGAAAAAUGAUCCAAAAAAAUUUAAAGAACUUGUUCAUGAAAGUAUUAAACGACAAAUUGCUGCUAUUGAUAAAUUAUAUGAACGUGGAAUGUAUUUUUUUGAUUAUGGUAAUGCAUUUUUACUUACAGCUAAACAAGCAGGUGCUCCGGUUGGUGGUGAGGAUGGAGAACGAAGUAUUCGUUUUAAAUAUCCAUCCUAUGUUCAAGAUAUUAUGGGAGAUAUAUUCUCACUUGGUUUUGGACCAUUUAGAUGGGUAUGUGCAUCAGGUUUGGCAAGUGAUUUACAAGAGACGGAUAAGAUUGCUGAAGAUGUUAUUAAAAAACUUAUGUCAAAUAAAGAUACUCCGGAUAAUGUUCUUGAACAAUAUAAUAAUAAUUUAAAAUGGAUACAAGAAGCUGAAAAUGCAAAAUUAGUUGUUGGUUCUCAAGCAAGGAUUUUAUAUUCUGAUCAAAUGGGUAGAAUUAAUAUUGGAUUAGCAUUUAAUCAAGCUGUACAAACAGGUCGAUUAAAAGGACCAAUUAUUUUAUCAAGAGAUCAUCAUGAUGUAUCAGGCACAGAUUCACCUUAUCGUGAAACAGCAAAUAUUGAAGAUGGAUCUGCAUUUUGUGCAGAUAUGUCUAUACAAAAUGUGAUUGGUGAUUCGUUUCGUGGUGCAACAUGGGUUGCAUUACAUAAUGGUGGUGGUGUAGGAUGGGGUGAAGUUAUGAAUGGUGGUUUUGGUAUGUUUCUUGAUGGAAGUACAAAAGCUGAUGAUAAUAUUCGACACAUGUUAUAUUGGGAUGUAAUAAAUGGUGUUAGUCGUCGAUCAUGGUCUGGCAAUAAAAAUGCUCGUGAGACAGUAGAACGAGCUAUGACUAAUGAAUCAAAACUUAAAGUGACAAUGCCAAAUGAAUUGGCUGAAGAAUGUAUGAAGAAGUUAUCCUUGUAA